AUGAAUUCGAAUAAUAAUUCAUAUUUAUCAUCAAAAUAUGAAGAAACAUGCCAUCCUACAAUCAACAAACAUCAUAUAGAAGAGUUUAUUCCAACAAGUAAUAAUGAUCCAUUAUUAAUUGAGUUACGACAUUUAUUUGUUUCAUCAUUCUAUGAAAAUUACAAAACCGUAGAAUCACAAUUAAAUUUACCAGCAGGUGAAACAUUAUUAACUUGGUUAGAAACAGCAUUUAAUGAAGAAGCUAAUAAAUUACUCUCUCAUAAUUGUCGUUGUUUUUUGAUAUACACAUCAUCAUCUUUAUCCGUUAUCAGUGGUUUUUUGACAAUCAAAGAAAAUGAAAAUGAUUCAAAUGACAUAUACAUUUCUCAAUGUGCUAUAGAUCCAACAUUCAAGCGACAAGGUUAUGGAUUGCAUCUUUUAAAAUAUCUUACUAAAGUAUUUCCUUUUGCAACAUCUUAUACAUGUCUUUGUCGACGAGUAAAUAAACCAGCAUUGAAAUUUUACGAAAAAUGUGGAGCUACCUUCAUUGAUGACAAUGAAAUUGUCAUAAAAUAUGGAUACAAUCCUAUCGACUACAUUUGUUUACAACUUAAUAGCAGUCAACUUGAAUCAUUGUAA